AUGAAACAAAUAGGUCAAUACAAUUUUAAUGGAAAUAGUACUUGUUGUUUUCUUCCUCUUUCUUUCAACGCUGACUUACAAACAAAUCACCCUGAUUAUUUUAUACAACGGCCAUGUGACAAACACAAUGGUUGUGUGUUUACUUCUAUUCGUGGAGUACCACUUCAUGGAAAAGAAUUAGGCGUACAAACAAUUAUAUUUGAUGAAAACUAUUUUACUGUUGAUGAACAUCCACUGUUUUUCAAUUAUGAACAUCCACCUUCAAAAAAUAAUGCACCAUUUUGUGAAUUAGAAACAAUAGAAUUAAUGAAUAUUAUAAAUACUCCAAUUAAAUGUCCAUCUAAAAGACAUUCUAUGAAUUAA